CAUAUUGAUUUCGAAACUCGUUGUUCUGAAUUUGAAAGAAAUGUUCUAAGCUUUAACUUUCAUCAAGAAAUUUUCAAAUUUCGAUAGUAAUAUAUUCAAUCUAGCAUUUGAAAACCUUCCAUGUUCAUGACAUUCGACUUGAAAGCUUGCGUAAACGGUUUGUUUGAACUCUGACAGUCGCAGUGUGACUUUUCCUAAACCCUGUGCACCUUUCCCAUAGUUCCCUUCUGCAGUAUUUGCGGUGACAGCAGGCUAGCAGACGAUAGAUUCGAGUUACAUGUAGUGCGAAUUGUGGAAUGUGGUGACGGGGCAUUAGAAGAAUAACAGUUAUGAUUAUUCUCUAAUCUUUAUUUAAAUGGAUAAUUGUGAUUGAGAAAUGAAGAAGUUUACCUUUAAAGGUGUGUUGGAUGGAUUCCGUUCGUCUGUAAGCCAGCAGACAAGAAAUGAUCAAGAAAUAGUUGAGACUCUCAGGCCGGAGCACUUCGAAGUUUCUAAGACCUUUCGUCAUGGGUUCCCCUUUCAGCCUACUGCCAUCGCUUUCGACCCAAUCCAGCAUCUCCUCGCCAUCGGGACGAAGACUGGCUCGCUCAGAAUACUGGGGAGGCCGGGCGUGGACGCGCACGUACGGCACGAGUGUUGCGCGGCCGUGCUGGCAGCUGUCUUCCUCACGAACGAGGGCGGCCUCAUCACGGCCACCGCAGACGACCACAUACACCUCUGGGACUUCCGACAGAAACGACCGCAGGUUGUGCACAGCCUCAAGUUCCAGCGGGAACGCAUCACGUGCAUCCACCUGCCGCUGCAAAGCAAGUGGCUGUACGUGGGCUCCGAACGCGGCAACAUCCACGUCGUCAACAUCGAAUCGUUCGUCGUCUCCGGCUAUGUCAUCAACUGGAACAAGGCCAUCGAAAUAACCCGGAAAACACACCCUGGUGCCAUCGUCCAUUUAAGUGAUAACCCGUUGGAUUCUAGUAAGCUGUUGAUCGGCUACGAGUGCGGCCAACUGGUGCUAUGGGACCUGCGUCAGAAACAGGCGGAGGCGCGCUGGCAGUGUGCAGAGGGCCUGCGGUCGGUCAGCUGGCACCACGAGGGCAAACAGUUCAUGUGCAGCCACGUGGACGGAUCGCUGUCCACGUGGAAUGUGCGUCAGUCGGCCACGCCCAUCAACUUGUCGCAUCCGCACGCCAAACUCGGCAAGGAUGGCAAGCCGGAGCCCUGCAAGCCCAUACAGAAGGUCGAGUGGAAAUCGUCCAAAACAGGACCAGAUAUGCAGGAGCCAUACGCGAUAGUGGUUCUGCUGCAUAACGACCUGGUGGUGAUCGACCUGCUGAGCCAGGGCUUCCCCUGCUUCGAGAACCCCUACCCGAUGGACUUGCACGAGUCGGCCGUCACCUGCUGCACGUACCUGGCCGACUGUCCGUCCGACCUGAUUCCCGCCUUCUAUUCGGUCGGCUCGCGCAACCACAAGCGCACCGGAUUCAGCGAGAAGGAGUGGCCGCUCAGCGGCGGCGAGUGGAACCCUACUAGCUGCAGCUAUAACGAAAUUAUUCUCACUGGGCAUGCAGACGGCAGCGUGAAAUUCUGGGACGCGUCGGCGGGCUCACUACAAGUGCUGUACAAACUGAAGACUGGAAAAGUGUUCGAGAAGCCGCGGACGAAAUCGGUGGACGGAGGCGGCGGAGGUGGAGGCGGUGGAGGCAGUGGAGGUGGUGUGGGGGCGGAUGAUGACCCGUUCGCCGUUCACCUCAUCUCGCUCUGCCCCGAGAGUCGCAAGCUGUGCAUCGCUGGCGCAAGCGGAUAUGUCAUUCUAUUCAAAUUCAAAAAAUCCGACUCUGUCUCCGAUACUAUUACAUUAGAAAUUCCAAUUAUUUACGAAGUUUCCGAUGACCCAGAGUGUUCUCCAGAUUAUGAAUUUCCUCCCCGGCCUAGUCUUCUAAAUAAAAUGGAAUCCACAGAUGUGGAUAAUAAAAAGUCGUCGUUAGAGUACACACUGCCGGUGCGAGUCCGCCCUGGCCCACAGAAGAAGCCAGCCGGCUUCCAGGCGUACAUGGUGUGUCUGACGCCCAUCAUCAACGGACAAGUACCUGGUGCCAUCACAGCACUUACCAUCAACUCCUCCUACGGUCUAAUGGCCUAUGGAAACGAGAGUGGUUUAGUGAUAGUAGAUAUAAUACAGAAAUGUCACCUGCUCAAUAUUGGAACGCCGGAUCUUUAUGGCUCGGCCGACCCCUACCAAAGAGUGCCAAAAUCCCCGAAACGCAAUGCGACUUACGAGGCCGGAUCCGACAACGACCGGUGUCGGUCGCCUAGUAUAGACCAGGUAUUAGAUCAAGAUGAUGUGGAAAAGCUGAAGCUAAUGGCUGACUUGGACGAGCUGCAAGAAGAAAUGGAUGAAAUGAACCUUCUGGAACCAAUCACGAUUCAGAGUUGUUCGGCACUGUCAUCGGCCCAAAUCUCACCAAUCGCCGCUGAGGAUGUGGAAGCAGCUGAAGAGGCGAUAUCGCUGGUGUCGACGACCAGUGAUGAGGCUGGAAAGAUUGUUGAGGACUGCAGUAAGGGAAGUGGUGAUGAGGAGAAAUUCAUGAAGCCUGUUAGGAGGGGAAGCGUGACAGCGAAGCUGUUCAGUUUGACUAAGAAGUUGAGUAGAUCUGAGAAACCUAAAGGGUCGAGUCAUGAUGACGGUGAGAAACCACCCUCCAUCAGGAAACGGAUGUCGAUAUUCUUCCCGAAUUCAUCCCCCAACAUGACAUCCCCAGCUGACCCUGAGGAUGAAUGUGGGGAGAGUGGUGUCGGAGGAGUCACCCCCGAGUGUGAGAAGCAUAUCCCAGUGAUCGAGGAGCCUGAGGAUGAUGAGGAGGAAGAUGAUGAGACUCCGGGACAGGCGGUGCGACCCACAGAACUCCCGCUGUUCGACAGUCAGGGCAAACCUAUCAGACCGACGCGGAAAGAGCGAGAUCGGAAACGGGUCUCCCUCGACCGCCAGCCUCCAGGCCGCGACACCCGCCUCCUCUCAGUGCCCAACAUCAAGUUCAACCCGGUGCGCAGAAAGACAUUGGCUGAUAUCGGCCAGAAGAACCCCGCCGCCAAUAACCAGUCUUUCGGCAACUUCAUGCGUCGGAUGAGUAAGUCGCCCAACUAAAUUUAUGCUCUAGCGUUUUUUUUAGAUUCGAUGAUCGCUUCAGAGAUUCAAUCAGUAAUUACUGUUCUUGCUUAUUUUCUCUGGGAGAGAAUUUGUAAUACUAACUCAUCUUCUUUUACUCAUUCACCUCUGCAUAAUCUAGAUGAUGCUAGCAAUGACGGUAUAUUGGCUCCAGCUCCCUUCAACAAAAAUCCAAUAUUAUUUAUACAUUACUUAUUUUCUAUUGAAAAUACAUGUACAACUGAAAUUAUAUGAAAUCAUAUUCAUAAAAUCAUACAAACUAAUAUAAAUGAUUGGGCAAGGGUCAACAAGCUAAGCCCUAAACUGUCC